AGUUUCUUAGAUCGGGCGCUAGAUGGCGGUAGUGUAAAACAGCGCCACCACACUGUACGUCAUAAACUUUAUUUGCGAUCUUUGAUUUGCUUUGAUUUCCACCCUCGUAUCUGGUUCAAAGAUGGAUCAGGAACUCCUGGCUUUGCGAAAAGAAAAAAACAGAAUGAAGAAGAAAGGAAACGAUAAAGAAGUUGCAGAGUGUUGUAAUGGCAUCGGUGAGAUCCUAUCACGAUGUGGAGAACAUGAGGAAGCUCUAAGUGAACACAAGGAGGAGCUGCAUCUCUGCCAAGCUCUGUCCGACCGCAUGGGUCAAGCAAUAGCACACAGACGCAUCGGUGAAUGCUUCACUGAACUGGGGAACUUUAAAUAUGCACUACAACAUCAGAUGAAGCAUUUGGAGUUGGCAAGGUUACUACACAGUGGAGCGGAAGAACAGAGAGCUUGGGCCACCCUUGGUCGGACGCAUUUCCAGCAUUCAGAGGUCAUGGAAGACCAACAGGAAGCAAAACGCCAACUGGAGGAAGCAAGGAAAGCUUUCAUGAAUGCUCUUGACACUGCCGAAAAAAUCCAGGAAGAAAUCAAGACGGUCGAAUACAUGCAGAUGCGGGCACGGCUGCUGCUCAACCUGGGCCUCGUGAGCGAGCGUCGCGGCGACGUGCAGCGCUGCGAGGAAUUCAUGAGGCAGGCAAUCUACAUCGCGCACAAGCACUCUAUCGCUGACGACCUCUACAGAUGCAACUUCAACCUAGCAGGCAUGUUGAAAACGCAAGGGAAGCUGAGUCAGGCGCAACGAGUCAUUGAGGAGGCCCUGAAAACUGCCAACAAACUAAAGGAUAAGAUAUCACAAGCAGAGGCCCUCAUCGCGAAAGCUGAUAUCCUACUGCUGCUCGGUGACUACAUCGCUGCCAAGCGCACACUGACACAGGCCUGGAAACUGGCUCCCCCUAGCGAGCUGAUCAUCCAGAAAGUUGAGCGGAACUUAAAGGCGACCUGCGUCGUCUGCCAAUGUCGUGAUAAUCUCAAUGACUGCAAUUCCGAUGACUGGGAGACACAGCGUAGACUUAACGAGAAUAUAGGUGACACGCUCUCCUCUGUGGGAUUGUUUGCGGAGGCACUGUCAUUCUACAAGGAAGCUCUCAUCUGUGCCAGGAAGGAAAGUACACCGGCAGAUGUACUGGCUUCUUUAUACGUGUCACUGGCUAUCACGCACGCAGACCUGCAGCAGUUUGAAGAGGCUGUUGAGUGCUCCGAGAAGGAACUCAUUUGUCGCCGUGGCAAUGUGACGGAAGAGUGCCGCACCUGGCUGAACAUUGCAGACUACAAAGAUAAAGGUGGCAGGCCAUACAGUGAGAUCAAAGCAGCACUAGACAAAGCACUGCAACAUGCAGAAAUGACCAAUAAUCGUAGCUUGAAGAGACUGGCUUUGGAACACCUCGUCACUGUACAAACGUCAAUGGGGUCUGGAAUAGCUGAUGAAAAGAAACUGGUUACAAAGCAGCUUCUGGAGGAGCUGGGGGAGGAGCAAGAGGAGGAGACUGAGGAAGAGGAGAGCCAGCCACUAAGCCCUCUCGAUGUCAACAUGCUGUCAUCGAGUGAUGGUGAGGAUGAGGAGCCUGAGCAAGUAAAGAAAAAGAAGCCAGCCUGGAAUCGGAGGAACGAAAAGGGAGAGACGCCUCUGCAUCGAGCUGCUAUUGCAGGGAAUCAGGUGAGAGUGAAGGAGCUGAUGUCGCAGGGUCACCUGGUAAACCCACGAGAUGGCGCUGGCUGGACGCCGCUGCAUGAGGCGGCCAAUCACGGCCACGCGGAGAUCGUGCGCUUGCUGACCAAGCAUGGCGCGUGGGUGAACGAUCGUGGGGGGCGCCACUGCGGCGGGCUGACUCCGCUGCACGAUGCUGCGCAGAACGGGCAUCUCAGCGUUAUGCAGGUGUUGCUGGACCACAAGGCGAACAUACUAGCGAAGGAUAAUGGCGGGCAGACCGCGCUGGACGCUCUGAGAGCGUACGGGACGGCUCACCGUGCGGACAUGGACCGGCAGGAGGUAGCAGCGUGCCAGGCGAUGGAGCAGGACCUUGUACGGCGCAUGGUCACCACUGGAGGCAAUCCUCAAACCACAUCGGCUUCUCUCGCCAGCACAAUCUACAGCGACGGCUGCGGCGGCAGUGACGACGACAGCGAUGACGAUAGCCCAUUGUUCUCAAGCAAGACGAAGAACAGGCAAUCUCCUGCUGAGCAACCAGUGAAGCGUUGCACCAUGCGGAGCAGAGUUCGCGGGGAUUCCGACGACAGCUCGCAGGACGCCACACCUGCCGCGACGCAACAGCGACCACCUACAGAUGUCGCCAGCUACCUUACCAAGGUCUUCCCGCCCAGUCAGGAUCUUCCGGACAUGCCACCGGCGCCAAAAGCUAAGUCGGCCUGCGCAAGGUUUGCCGCUGAUCGUCGCCCAGGCGACGAGUCCAGUGAUGCGGGGCAUGGCGGUUACCGCGGUGACGAUAACGCAGUCGACGCAUAUAUGGAAGUGAUGCAAGCUGUUGGCAGCGCCACCGCGCGGUGUAUUGAAGAACCGCAUGUCCUGCGGCACCACCCCGCUACCCCCGCUCCCGCGCUCAUUCCCGAGGAGGAGUACGUCAGCGAGCAUGCAGACUGGCUCAUCAUCGAUGACGCACCACCGCAGAACCCGGAGAAGCGACAGCGCACCGGUGGCGCCCUCUCACAGCGGCGGAGACAGGUGCAGCAACGGAUAACGGCGUUCGCAGUGGAACGCGGGGACGUGCGAGAGGACGUUGAGAUGAUGGGCAGCGGUGGCGUCCUCUCACAGAGCCGAAGGCAGGUGCAGCCGCAGAACACGGUGGAGCGCGAGGAGGAGAGUGAGGAGGAAGAUAUAGAGAUGUUUGACAGCGGUAGUGACAGCAAUGGAAGCGGUGCCGCCACAAGGAGGGUUCGUCGUACAGGAAAGCCGAGGCGCACGCGACAGCUGAAGAUCAGUGCCCUCUAUGGGCCGGGAACCCAGACAGCAGUGCGCGAGGUGGACAGGAGAGUGAGAGAGGACGAAGGCGCGGCAGGGAAUAGUGAGAGAGUGGCGAUCGGGCCAGCAAUGCGUGUGAGAGUAAACAUCGAGGGAAAGGUUUUCCUUAUUCCGCUGCCGCGACACGAAGCAGAUGAGAGGAGGAUUAGUUGGUUAGCGGGCGAAGCAUCUCAGCGCUAUUACGCUGCUAAUGGUCGACGGCCUCAGCUGACGCUCUACACUAAAGAUGGCGCUGCGCUCGGAUCCGACGACAUCGUCACCGAUCUGGUGACAAACAAUGAGGAGAUCGUAGCUAGUGUAGAAACAUGGGAGAUGCCUCCUCUAGCAGAAAGGUAUGCGUCUGCGUGUGAGGCGGCAAGGACCCCGCGGUACAACAACAUCACGACUGCGUCACGCAUGGCUGACUCCACGCACUGCCUGCGCCUGAGAGACCUCGCCAUGCGCCUCCAUCAGGCGCGCCCCCUGCUGCGCUCGCUACCGGGGCAGUACGCCCUCACCAUCCUCGAUCUGUCCGGUAACCGCCUCGGCGAUGAGGGAUGCAAGGAACUCGGUCUUGCCCUCCCCUCCCUCGACGCCCUCGCCACGCUCAACCUCCUCGGCAACGAGGUCACGCAGCGGGGUCUGCGCGAGCUGGUCGACGGCGGCAGCGCGGGGGCGCCACGUCUGCCCGCGCUACCCUAUGAGCCUCAGGCUGUCAGUGGCAGUGCCAUCUUUGGUCUAUGGUUCAAGGUUUGA